AUGAACAUACUAAAUCUUUUGAAAGCAAUGCAUGAAACUGAGGAGCCCAUAGGCCUCGAUCCUGUUCUUAACAGCUUGUUUUCCUCACAUUUCCCCUUAGAAAUUCGUCCAUCUUCAUGUAAUAAUACUGCACCACAGAAUGGCUUUUUCGUGGACCGAAAAGAUCGCUUUUCUCUCAGUGAGACAGUGACCUAUCGGUGUCAGAGUGGCUUCACAACUGCAGAAGGACAUGGGGAAGGACAGAUACAGUGCCAGGCAGAAGGAUGGAAGCCAGAGCCAAAGUGCAUCAAGACAUGCCUAAUGCCAACUGAAGAGAAUGCUGUCUUUGACACAACCAAACCAACCUUCUCCUCAAAAGAAAUACUUCGCUAUGUAUGUAAAGACGGUUUUCAAACCGUUAAAGAAACUACAGGUGACAACAUACAAUGCACGGACAAUGGAUGGGACCAAAAGCCUGUCUGUUUGUCCAUUGAAUGUGAAGGCCCUGUUCUGGAGAAUGGAAGAGUGGAGGAACGAAAAGACAAGUUCGUGAAUGGAGAUGUAGUGCGAUUUUCCUGUUCAAAAGGGUACACAAGAGUUGGGCCUGACUCUGCCCAGUGUUACCACUUCGGAUGGUCUCCCCAACCUCCCAAAUGUAAAAAAACAGCCAACCCUUGCAUGCAGCCAAAUUCCACAAGUCCACUCAGUCCUGCUUAUGGUGAACUUCGUGAAGAAUAUCAGCAUGGUGAGAAAGUGGCAUAUGAGUGUGAUGUUGGAUUUGCAAUGACUGGACCAAACACAAUAGAGUGUGUUGAUGGGGAAUGGACCUCUUUGCCCUCAUGCACAGAGGAAUCAAAAACCUGUGGACGACCUACCCGUAUUGCGUCUGGACAGCCUGUCAGUGUUGACGCACAGAGAUACAAGCAUAAUGAAACUGUUGAUUAUGAAUGUUGGGGAGAAAUUGACAUUCCUGGACUCGUUACAGCCACGUGUCUUCAUGGAAAGUGGGAGUUACCUUUAUGCACUGGAGAAUGUAGACAGCCAAAAAAUACCAAAUUUGUACCAGAUGUUCCUAACAAGAAAUUUAAGUAUAACGAGACUGCAAACUACAGCUGUCAUUCCAGUUUUCAUACAACAGAAUGUGUUGGUGGAAAAUGGUCGCCUGAACCAGAAUGCAAAGAGCUCUGCCCACCACCACCUCAGCUUCCAAAUGCCGUCAACAUAACAGAGAUGAGAAACUACAAGAAUGGUGAAGAGGUUGGUUACAAGGGUGUGGAACCUUUUGUGCUCCAAGGACCACAGAAGAUAAUGUGUGAAGGAGGAAGAUGGCAGACACCUCCCCGCUGUGUUGAUACGAGAUGUGGAGACCCCCCUUCAAUUCCCAAUGGUGAGGCGAGACAUGAUGCCCCUAGAAAGUAUGCUCCUGGCGAAAGCAUGGAGUAUUUUUGCCAUGAAGGUUUUGAAAUGGUUGGAUCUAGGACCACUGCUAAAUGUGAAAAUAUGGAGUGGUCUAAGUUACCAAGUUGCAAAGAAAAGUCAUGCCAGAGGCCUCCCGCCAUCUUCAAUGCUUCAUAUCGUAAAAUUGUGAAACUCUCCUAUAAGCCUGGAGACAAAGUAGAUUACGAGUGUCAUCCUGGUUUUGCAGCUAAAGGACCACAAACUAUUACAUGCAGAAGAGGAGAGUGGUCACAGCCUUCCAUCUGUGAAGAUGUAACCUGCAGACAGCCCCCUCUGGUUGACAAUGGUAGAAUGGUAGAAGAGAGGGCAGAGUCCUACCUGCCAGGCCACGAGCUGCACUAUCAGUGCCACGAAGGUUUUGAAAUAUCUGGUUCAGACACCAUAAGAUGUGAAAAUAAGGAGUGGUCAACACCGCCAAGGUGUGAAGAUAUGAGGUGUUCUGCUCCACCUGAUAUUGAAAAUGGUCGGCUUAAUGGAGUUCGAAAACCAUGGUAUUUUCCUCUGGAGAAAGUGAAGUAUCGAUGCCUCCCAUCCUACAGUCUUUUUGGACCUUAUGCAGCAAUGUGUUUGAAGAGAGAAUGGAUAAACUUACCAGAGUGCAGAGCUGUUGCAGGAAGAUGUGAUCGCCCACCUUCUAUAGACAAUGGAGACAUUCUGGAAAUGGCCAAGUCUGAAUAUCUGUCGGGAGAAAAGGUGCACUAUAAAUGCCAAAACCUGUACAGAAUGGAUGGAAAUGCAGAAGUAACUUGCCAUAAUGGUCAUUGGACGCAACCACCAACAUGCAUAGUUCCUUGUACAGCAAGUGAAGAAGACAUGAAAAUGAACAAUAUACAGUUAAAGUGGAAAUACGACUCAAAACUGUAUUCAGAAUCUGGAGAUUCCACAGAAUUUAUCUGUAGAUGGGGCUACCGUCCAGAUCGUACUUCUCCUCCAUUCAGAGUACAGUGUAUAGAUGGCAGAUUUGAAUAUCCAAGAUGUGUAAGAUCGGCAUAAGAUGACAGAAGAGAACCGUGCAACCAAGAUUUUUAACCAGCAUAUCAUCCUUCAGAAUCAUUGAUCACUUAUCAAGUAAUUAAAUUCAUCAAGAUUUUUACAAAUGCCUUUUUCAUGGUUUUUAUGCAGUUGCUCACAGUGAAUUAUUAUGAAUAUUGAAAACAUUUUAUGGAAGAAAAGCCUACAAAUUUAUUGAAGCUGAAGUUAUACAAAAGCUUAUGUAUUAGUCCACCCAACUUUUUAAAUAACUCAUCUUAAAACAAUGCAAAUUCAACCUUAAAGGAGGACAAAAGAUACUAUAAUGCAAACAUUGUACAUAUGAACUACCAAUGGGAACUAGCAGUGCUAGAUGGCCGUAUGUACUGCAAGUGAAUAUUUUUACCUGUGAGGAUUUUGUUUAUAUCUGAAAAGUAACAAUAAAAGCACUUAGUAGCAAAAA